AUGUUUACACAGUCCCGACAGGGAUUAGUAAACAAAAUCAAACUAACAGAAACUGAUGUUGGGCGUUCCACCUCGGAUGUUGAGAUGGAGACAGAAAAGCGUUUUCGCUUUUCUGACUCCUUCAUCCGAGGGGAAGCCACAACAGGAAAGGACAAGGGAGAAAGAGGGCCACACGCAGGAGCCAAGGGAGGACGAAGACGGACACCCGCAGGACGAAGACGACGAGCACGAGAACGACGUGGCGGUGCCACACAGAGGCGGACACGACGACCAAUAGCAGCAGGAGAAAACAAAAUUAGUCCAAUGGCGACAUUAGCCAUUGCUUUAUGUGUCAUUAAGAACAGUAAUUUCGUUUGUUAUGUCCAAACAUGGGUCAUAAUUAAUACGCUAGUUCACCAGGGGAUAAAACAACUUCAUAACCAUACGAUGGAGAAAUACUUUUUUCCGACGGAAAAUGUCAUUUACAUUGUAGAACAAUACUAA